AUGGGCGUUUAUUUCAUCCUGCUACUAUGGCUUAUUCAAGCAGCAACAUCGCAAGAAGCAUACGAGCCUGUUUGUGAAGAAACAUGUGGGCAUGUUGCUAUUCCAUCCCCAUUUGGAAUAAGAACUGGUUGCUAUAAAAAUUCGUGGUUUAGAGUAACUUGCAACGAAACCACUAAUGGGCUAAGGCCUUUCAUCAGUCGCAUCAAUCUGGAGCUUCUCGGUUCCUUUUGGUCAGACGGCGACUUCGCCGUCAACAAUCCGGUAACUUAUCUCAAUUGCAGCAAUAAAGGAAACAAUGGCACCAUUCAUCGUGCUAGUGUCAACCUAAAAGGCAGUCCAUUUUUCUUCUCAAGUAGAUUCAACGUAUUCGGGUCAGUAGGUUGCGGCAAAUUGGCCACUCUUUCUCGCGAAAUUCAAACUGAUUCCCUCGCUAGCUGCGUACAACAGCGAUGUGACGACCUGGCUUCUAAAUUAGGUGGCUGCUAUGCCGUAAUUCCUGAAAAUCUUACUUCCUACACUGCAACCAUGACAGAGAUCAUUAAUCCUGGAAAGCAAGAAUACAGCAAGAGAUGCGCAUCUGCUUUCAUAUUUGACUUAAGCAAGUUAAACUCAUCGGGUCCAGAUCUCCAAUUCCCCGACAGCAUAAGCAUUGAUACGACGCAUGUUCCUGCAACGCUGGAAUGGAACUCCGUCAAUUGCGAUUUGGGAGACGCACUUUGCCAAGAAUUUGGAGAAGCUAAACCAAUACUUCUACCUUUCAAGCAUGACUGUAUUGAAAGAUGUGGGAAGGUUAAUAUUACAUAUCCUUUUGGAAUGGAAGUCGGGUGUUACAUGAAUGAUUGGUUCAGAGUAAGCUGCAACAAAACGGGUGAUGGGCCAAAGCCUUUCAUAAGUAGCAUCAACAUGCAACUACUCAAUGUUUCAUUACCCCUAGGCAGAGUUAUCGUCAACAAUUCAGCAACUUAUUUCAAUUGCCGCAAUAAAAGUGAAGACAAUAAUGGGGUUAGUGUCAACUUAACAGGCAGCCCCUUUUUCUUCUCACAUAUCUUCAACAGAUUCGUUUCUGUAGGUUGCGGUAGUUUGGCUACUGUUAGUCGUAAUCCAACUGAUUAUCCUGUUGGUGGCUGCCUGCAACCUCGUUGUAGCAAUAUUGGGACCUCCAAUGAUAGCUGCCUUGCGAAAAUUCCUCCGGGUCUCAGUUCUUUUGCUGCAAACAUGACAGAGAUUUAUCCGAGUGAUGGCAGCAAGAAAUCAUGUGGAUCUGCUUUCAUGGUGGACGUAAGUUUGUUGGAUUCACCUGGAACAAUAAUUGCAAACCGCAACGUUCCCAGAAAACUGGAAUUUGAACUCAUUCCUACAGCACUGCACUGGGACCGGGGUUCACCAAAAGAUGGACACGUUCCUACAGCACUGCAAUGGGCCAAACCAAUCAGUGGGCGGUGUGAUUUGACUGGUUUGGAUACCUUUUGUAGCUCCAGUGGUCAAUAUUGUUGGGCAAGGUUGGAAGUCAGCCUUCUAUGUGUUUGCAGCGUGCAUGUCAAUUCUGACAAUGAUUAUAUUAUCAUGAUCUAUGCCAAGAUUUGCAAAUUUACCUUUUGCAUAAUAAAUUAUGUUUCCUAUACAGGUUGCAGCACUAGUAUUGGGACAAUACUUGUGCUACUUGGCACAUGGCAUCUGUACAAAGUACUAAAAAGGAGAAAAACCAUCAAGAUGAAGCAAAAAUACUUUAAGAGGAAUGGAGGUUUACUUCUGCAACAACAAUUGUCCUGCAAUGAAGGUAAUGUUGAAAAAAUAAGGUUGCUUACAUCAAAGGAGUUGGAAAAGGCGACAGAUUACUAUAACGAGAAUCGAAUCCUCGGUCAAGGUGGCCAAGGAACUGUUUAUAAAGGAAUGUUAACUGAUGGAAGCAUUGUGGCAAUCAAGAAGUCUAAAAUGGUGGACGAGAAGAAAGUUGAUGAAAAGAAGCUUGAACAGUUCAUCAAUGAGGUGAUACUUUUAUCACAGAUUAACCAUAGAAAUGUGGUUAGGCUUUUAGGAUGUUGCCUGGAGGUAAAGGUUCCUUUACUAGUGUAUGAGUUCAUCCCCAAUGGAACACUCUCUCAACUCAUACAUGAACAAAAUGAAGAAUUCCCAUUGACAUGGGAAAUGCGUUUACGAAUUGCAAUUGAAAUUGCCAAUGCUUUAUCCUAUUUGCAUUCAGCUGCUUCUGUCCCUAUUUAUCAUCGAGACAUCAAAUCUAGCAACAUACUUUUGGAUGAUAAAUACAGAGCAAAAGUGUCAGAUUUUGGAAUUUCAAGAUCAAUUGCACUUGAGCAAACUCAUCUAACCACUCAAGUACAAGGAACAUUCGGAUACUUGGAUCCGGAGUAUUUUCGGUCGAGUCAAUUUACAGAGAAGAGUGAUGUUUAUAGUUUUGGGGUUGUUCUUGUUGAACUUCUGACCGGACAAAAACCCAUCUCCUCGGUACAAUCAGAGGAAGUGCGAAGCUUGAUUAACUUUUUUCUGCUUACAAUGAAGGAGAAUUCCCUAUUUGACAUUCUUGAUCCAAUGGUAAGGAAUAAUGGUACAGAAGAAGAGAUUAUAGCAGUUGCAAAGCUAGCGAAAAGAAGCUUGAAUCUUAAUGGAAAGAAAAGGCCCACGAUGAAACAAGUUGCAAUGGAGCUGGAGACGAUUAGAGCAUCAGAAGAAGCUAAUGCUAUUGAACAAAGUGUGGAUGAAGAUUCUGAUAUAGAUGACAUGAUCGAACCUUCCGCUAUUCCUUCUUGUUCAACGUCUAGGUCAAUCAUAAACGAUAGUCUAACUCUGCCAUUGGAUACAUACUCCUAGUUGGUUUCCAACAGGACUUGUUAAACUUUCUUCCUUUGGUGUCUUUUCUUUGUAAAAUAUCGCCUGUGUGGUUCAGCUCAUCCUUGUUUUAAUUUCAAACUCUUUUUCACUUCAUUUUUUCUUCCUCUCGUUACUUUCUGCUCACCCCUUAUGGAGGGUCUCAAAUGCAUGUCUAAGACCAUCUCCUUUUCAAAUGUCAUCAUUGAUUAGAAUAAUCUUUUGACGAUGGUUAAACAUAAAUAUGAAAAAAAAAAGAUUUAUUAUUGUUGACUUCUACCUGUUGAUCUUGGUAUACCUACAUAUGAGGACGAAGUUCAUAUUAUUUCGUACAUGUAAAAGAAGAUACCUUGCAACUUCUUUUUUACUUAUUUCUUUCCAUUGAUUUUUAAACGGAAUAGGUGCU